AUGCCACCACGGCCCUGUGAACUCUGCCAUACAACUCGUGCGAUUCUCAAGCGUCCCAAACAGGCCAACAGAUAUGUAAAGAUUGCUUUUUCAAAGUUUUUGAACCGAGGUCCACAACACCAUUGUCGAUGGCCAACUUUCAAACCGGGCGAUCGUGUGGCUAUCGGUGCAUCGGGAGGAAAGGAUUCGACUGUUCUGGCGCAUUGUAUGAAGGUCUUGAAUGACCGGUAUAAUUAUGGCCUGGAAUUGUUCCUUCUAUCAAUCGACGAGGGAAUCAGGGUACAGGGACGAUUCCCUCGAGUCAAGAGGAACCAGCAGCAGUACGACCUUCCGCUAAAAAUACUUUCUUAUGACGAGCUCUAUGGCUGGACGAUGGACAAAAUUGUAGAGCAAGUUGGGAGAAAGAACAAUUGUACCUUUUGUGGUGUAUUCCGUCGUCAGGCCUUGGAUCGCGGAGCCGCUCAACUUGGGGUAGACCAUAUAGUUACAGGCCACAACGCAGACGACAUCGCAGAAACGUUUGAGGCGAUAUUGCCCGGCUGGGCCGAUGUACCCAAAUCACUACCCAAUCCGAAGACACAAUAG